AUGUCUGGCAGUUUUUACUUUGUCAUGGUUGGUCAUCAUGACAAUCCGGUAUUUGAGAUGGAGUUUUUACCAUCGGGGAAGCCUGAAUGCAAAGAUGACCAUCGUCACUUAAAUCAGUUUAUUGCUCACGCAGCCUUAGAUUUGGUGGAUGAAAACAUGUGGCUGUCUAACAACAUGUACCUAAAGACUGUGGACAAGUUCAACGAGUGGUUUGUUUCUGCUUUUGUCACUGCAGGACAUAUAAGAUUCAUCAUGCUACAUGACAUACGGCAAGAAGAUGGAAUCAAGAACUUUUUUAAUGAUGUGUAUGAUUUAUACAUUAAGUUCGCAAUGAAUCCAUUCUAUGAGACCAACGCGCCAAUCCGCUCCACAGCUUUUGAGAGGAAAGUCCAGUUUCUUGGGAAAAAACAUCUCCUGAAUUAA